AUGGGAUCAGAUCCAGACUCCCUACGAGAGGAAGUCGUGAGAGAGCUACAGAUCGAGCGGAUCCGACAAGCGCAGAACGAAGAGUCGUGGAUUCUGGGCUUGAAGAAGUACUUGGUUGGAGAGAUCCAGGAUCUGACACGAGAGGAUGCUAAGAUGUUUGGACCUAUUGCUAUGAAUUAUGAAGUGGAUCAGUCGGAUCUACUCUUCUACUGCCCGACAACUAAAGAAGCAGCUGCAGAUCGAGAUAAAUUGAUGCGACUGGUGAUACCUGAGACGCUUCAACAGGACAUUUUACAUCACUAUCACACGAGUCUACAGGGUGGCCAUCAAGGGAUCGGUCGCAUCCGAUCGGAUCCGUGA